GGGCCACCCACGCGUGGAGCCCCAGCCGCAGGCCCGAGGCCCAGAGGCACCUUGGACAUUUCUAAGUGAGACCCAGGGGUAGUUCCCGGGCAGCGGAGCUCGCCUCCCCAGGCGCCAAGGCCGAGCGCAGCUGAAGGGACCAAGGGGAUGUUGAAGCCAAAGGAUCUGUGCCCUCGGGCGGGCACUCGUACUUUUUUGGAGGCGAUGCAAGCUGGCAAGGUGCACCUGGCGCGUUUCGUCCUGGACGCCCUGGACCGCAGCAUCAUCGAUUGCCGGGCUGAGCAGGGGCGCACGCCGCUCAUGGUGGCGGUGGGGCUGCCGGACCCCACGCUCAGAUCCCGUUUCGUGCGGUUGCUGCUGGAACAGGGCGCGGCCGUGAACCUGCGAGACGAGAGGGGCCGCACGGCGCUGAGCCUGGCCUGCGAGCGGGGCCACCUGGACGCCGUGCAGCUGCUGGUGCAGUUCAGCGGCGACCCCGAGGCGGCCGACUCGGCGGGCAACAGCCCAGUGAUGUGGGCCGCCGCGUGCGGCCACGGCGCCGUGCUCGAAUUCCUGGUGCGCUCUUUCCGCCGCCUGGGCUUGCGCCUCGACCGCACUAACCGCGCGGGCCUCACGGCGCUGCAGCUCGCGGCCGCCCGCGGCCACGGGCCUUGCGUCCAAGCGCUCACGGGGCCCUGGGGCCGAGCUGCGGCUGCGGCGGCCGCCCGCGCCAGGGGCUCUACCUCGGACAGUCCCCCGGGCCGGCCCAGUGCCGCCCCAAGCCCGGAGCGUCGCCGGCCUAGCCCCCGCCGCCUUCCGCGGCCCCUUCUGGCCCGCUUCGCCCGGGCGGCGGGCGGCCACGGGGGUGAAACAGGUCCCGGGGGCAAGGGUUCGGGCCGGCAGAGAUCGCUGGGCAACGAGCGGCCCGAAUUUGGCCGCAGCAUGAGCUUGGCGCUGGGCUCGGUGACCGAGGAGGAGGCUGCGCGGGUCAGGGCGGCAGCUCAGCUUCCCCGGCCAAAUUCCCCUCCGGCCUCGGGCACCGGGAGGUGGCGCUCGCAGGAGCUGCUCGAAGGCAAGGCUCUGGCCCUAAUCAAGGCUCCCGGUGGGCUCACCCCCCACCCUGAGGGCGCCCCUGGGAGAGGCCGCCUGGGUCUGCGCCGUCGUUCUACUGCGCCGGACAUCCCCAGCUUAGUGGGGGAGGCGCAAGGCUCCGACGGCGGGCUGGAGCAGGAGCAGGAGCUCGACUCGCUGCCCCUCACCCUGCCUGACCAGCAGACCCCUUGGCAGGGGGGCACCGAGGCAGAAGCGGUGGUCUUGCAAGCCCAGCGGUGAAGAGGCCCCAGGGCGCUUCACCAAGGUUCCCCAAACCCAAAUUCUCCUGUGCUGGAUCCAUGCAACAACCCGGUUCCUUUUCCCUCUUGACCCUCCCACCUGUGAAAGGGCCAGAGUUGUCCUUCAUACAGGGCCAUCCAAGUUACCUGUAGCUCCCAGAUCUGCUUCUCCACCCCAGGCAUCCGCCAGAGUAGCCAUGGUCUCUGAACAGUCCCUCUGAGGGGCUUGCACCACUCCCUUUCCCUUUCCCCCAUGCCCCGUUGGUCCCCCCACUCCAAUCCUCGUCUCUGCCCUCCUUUCCAUUUUUCGUUUAGAUUUUCCACCUCCAUUCAAUGACCCAGCUUUCCCCUUUCAUUCUCUUCCCCUUGCACUAAAAACAAGGUGAAGAAAAACUGGGGCCCAACAGACUCAGGGCCCAGGGUCUAGAUGAACCCAAAGGUGUAAUAGCUUUGAGGGUCUUGGCCUGUAGUGAGACCUAGAAUCAUAGAUUGUUAAAUCUGAAAAAUAUCUUAGAACUCAUUUGCUCCAGUCUGUUCAUUUCAUAAAUGAGAAAACUGGGACCCAGAAGAAAUGAAGUGAGUCUCCCAAGGUCAUGCAGGUAGUGUCGGGGCCAGAAUUCAAGCUGAUAGCUCUUUCUUUAUUCCCUGAUCCAUUGCUGUUUUAGAUUACACCUUCCUGCUUCCUUAACCUUUAGCGUUCAUUUGUGCAAACGGUAGGCAUGCCAGCACAUUCUCUGUGCUGCAGCCAUAGCAUCUUGAGGUAUGGGAGAAUGCUUUCUCAGAAUGCUGGCAGCCAUCUGCCCCAGGUGAUUGCCAGCUUGAUCCAGGUAGGUCUAUGACAGUCCUUUCCUUGCACCAAUAGGGAUGGUGCUCCAGUCCCAGGGCAAGGGGAGAACAAAAGGGGGGUUCGGAGACCACAGGGACAAAAAAGCUCCUUCCUGAAUUCUGUCACUUUCUAUGAGUAGGCGGAGGUGUGUGGAGGGAGAAAACUCUAUGUCUUUAGUGACUAUGAAAGGGUAUUUUCCCCCUAAAAGCAGUUCACCAGGAAUGAAAAAACCUGGUCAGGAAUCUUUGCUAUUGUCCUCUCAUGUCUCCUAUACCACAGGAAUAUAGGUUUAGAAUUGGUAGGGACCUUAAGGGCCAUCCACUCCAAUCCCCUCAUUUUACAGAGGAGGAAACCCAGACCCAGAUCCAGAUGUUGAGAGGCUUGUUUAGGGGCAGAUAGCUAAUAAGUAUCAGAGGUCUUCCUGACUCCAAGUCUGGUGUCCUAUCUCCUAGGGAGUGUUGGGCACACUAGUCCUAGCUGCCAUCACCUCUGCCUGGGGGUCUGACUUCUCUGGGGGUCUACCGGUCAUACUACCAGACCACCCCAAGUACUCUUCCAAACUUUUCUUGUUCUAACCCUCCCCCGCCCCCAACAUCCACAUCCUAGCUACUGAACAGCCAUCAGGGGAAAACAACCAAACCUCUUUCAGUUUCCAUUGGAUCUGAAUUAAAUUUCUGAGGUAAUGGCAUCCAAAGGUUUAUAAAUUAACAUGCCUUUUAUACUCCUAUUUCCCUAGAUUUUUCACUUCACGAUUUCCACUUAUUUCUAAGAUGCUUAAAGGGGAAAUGUUUCCUUAGUGCUCCCCCCAACUUGUUAGCCCCAAACUUCCCCUCUCUCACCAUCUGCACAGAAGGUGUUCGCAUAGGUUUGUGCUUUAGAUUUGGGGUUGCAAGGCUUUGCUUAAUUUCCCCCUUUACUUUCCAAUAACUUCCAUUUGGAAGCUUGGUACAUCUAGCAGAAAGCAGCAGGCUUGAUUUGAGGUUUAAGAACCUUGACAAUGUCUCUCUAAAUAGAAACUCGGUGAGGGAGAUAAUUGACUGAAGUGUUUGUGAUGUUAAACUAAGAAGCAGUGAAGCUGGGAGCCCACACUAACUGCAGGUCCCCGUUUAAAUUACAUCAAACUCCCGCAAGAGCUGGAAGGAAGCUGCUAAAAAGUCUGCAGCUUCUAGCUGGGCUGUAGAUGGAGGGCAGAGCGAUGACGGAUGCUAGAAGUUGAACCCCACCAGGGAACCUACUGGUUAUGCCAUUCUGACCCCCACCUCAUCCCCACCCCCGUGGGACGUGGUCCAAUUUCAGCCCCAUUACCGACAGAUUAGUGAGUCAGAAGCAACUACCAAGAGGUGGUUAAAAGGUUCUUUCUCUCCUCUCCCCUCCUCUUUCCUCCUCCCUCUUCUCUCCUCCCUCAGUCUUCGCCCUCUCUUUUUGUUAGCCUAGACUAGUAUGCCUGUGCUUAAAUGCCGGCACUAGGACCCCGUGAGAGAGACUUUGCUGAUGGAACUUUUGCUACAAGGCUGAUGAGAAAGGUUUGUGGGUGGGUGGGGGUGGGUGGGGGUGGCAAGGUCUUUUUCUGAGUACAGAUUUGGGAAUACAACCUCCACCCUUGGGUUGGGAUUUUUAGAAAUCUGUGCUCCUGUGGAGAGUGAAGAGUUUCUGGGGGGAAAACUGUUUACCAAGGAGAAUUACCUUGAGGAGGGAAAGGAGGUUUUGAUCUCUCACCCUGAACCACCGGAAAGAAAGGGAUGGAGGAGGCAUCUCUUCUGUAUUGAUCCCUGUGUCUCUUCUGGAAUCCUUCUCCACACUCCCCCCGCCCCCUUGUGCACCAGUAGCCCUUGGAGGCAGAGAGCAGGAUCCACUUUCCAGAAGGCAGGCUUCCCACACCCCAAAUACCAUUUGCUCUGUCCCCAGGAGCCAGCCCAACCACAGUAUACUAUCUCCAAGAUGGUAGUGCCUAACCUUAUCCUGCCCUACCUGGCCCCACUCAGCAUCUGAUCUCUGAUGCCCCCUAGUGGCCGACAUGUUCCCUUCCUCAGCUUGGCCUCAAGGAUUCAGUCUAAUUAAAGAUUUGGAAGGAUUGAUCAUAGACCAUGGAGCCAGAGCUGGAAGGGACCUUAGAGUCAUUUAGUCCAACCUCCCCCAUUUUACAUCUGAGGAAACUGAGACCCAAAGAAAUAAAGUAACUUGCUCAAGGUUACAUAGGUGGUAAAUGACAGCAAGGAUUUGAACUAAAGUCUUGAUGAUCCAUUCCAUGGAUGGUUUUUUAAUCCCUCACCCCCUGAAUGUCUUAAUGCUUAUGGAUCCUUUUUUUCUAUUCUUAGGGAAGGGCGGGGGGUGUCAUCCAGCUACUUGAAGACAUUUUGUUGUGGUGAAAUGAGGGCUCAAAGAAGUCCCUCGAACUAAUCUAUUUGGGGAUGGGGGCAAGGGGCCUUGGGACACAGAACCUUUGACCAGAUAUCAUGAACAUUGUGUGUGACAUUCUCUUCUCUGUGAUUGUUCUCACCCUCCUACUGCAAAAAAACUACCCCUUUCUAGAACUUCUAGCACAUUAGCUUUAAUUUCUGGAGUGUUUCAACUUGGAGAAUUCCCAUUCAAUUUCUUCCUCUAAAGUCGAGGUCUCCAACUCCUCUCCAGUCUCCCCCCCCCCAAUUUUGCCAGCUUCUUUUUGGACCCUGGUUCUAUCUCAAAAUGGUCUGAGGGGGUGGGAGAACUACACAGCUCAACUGCAAACUGCUUCCUUCUGCUACUUGCUUGCUAAAUUGCUCCCUUUUUGACUGUUUAAUUUACAUAUCCAGUGCAAGAAUACAAUUUUUUUUCUCUCAUUGUUGAAACACAACUAAGCUUGGGCAAAUGCACUGUCCCAAGAGCUGACCCAGUCUUUCCCAGUGUAGUGGACAUGUAGCUUUUGGGUCAAAUGUCACCUCAGCCUUGGUUGACUGGGUAAACAAGGGUGCCUGCUAGUCUCUCAGAGUUGCCAAGAAAUUGCUUGAUGAAAGUGAUAUUUCUCAAAAACCACAGCGAGUCCUUCCUGUGUGCACAUAACUGUGUGUGGGGCGGACUCGUGUGUCUUACUUGUAUAACAUGUAUGGCUGGCUUGCUUUCCCUAUAACUUUUUGCUACAGCACAGCCAUCCUUGGAAAUUGUCAAGGUCACCACAGUUUGGUAUCCAGAAUCUCUCCUCUCUGCAGGCCCAAGGUUUCUAGAGUGGAGCUAGACCAUCUCCCUGAUCCUUUGUCCUUUAGGGCAUCAUUCCUAACCUGUCUGGUCCAGUGUAGGCAGGCAGCUUCCCCCAAACCAAAUGACACUGUUUUCAUUGUAAACUAAUCCCAAAUCCCUGGGGCUUGGUGUCCCAAAGUGGUUCUAGGUAUUGAUCAGUCUGUGGGGCUAAGUGACUCAUCCAUACCCUUCUGGAAGAAGAGGCUGUUUUGUAGAAAGAAGAUUAACUCAGAAUAAUAGUUAAUAAA